UAUACGGUGAAUGAGCAAGCAGCCAUAGAUUGAUGUAAAUCAAAAUUAUUUUGGUUGUACUCUAAAUAGAUAUGUAGGAGAUGUCAAAAUUGCUGUUGUAAUAACGUCAAAUCGUUUUGUCAGCGGGAAGUUGUUGUAAUAUGGAAAGCUUUUGACUACGUUUACAUAAAAUAAAGUUUUGCCCGCUAUGUAUGUAUGUAAUACAACCAACUUUAGCUACACUGGUCACCCUGUCAAGAAUCAAGUAAUGACACCACACACAGAUGUCGCUCAAAGUUUUCAGCGUCAGCUGUUUGCGCCACACAAUAUUUUUUUGCACGCAAGUGUUGUGUAUAAAACUAUUUUCUAAAUAAAAGUGGUCUUCGCAGUAAAUAAAACGAUGAGUGAAUUAAAUAGUGAGGAUGAUGUAUUUUUCGACGAACUAAUAGAAGAUGAGAAUGCCGAUGACGAAUCUUUACCAAACUUUGCGUUUCCAAAUCUCAAAGGUGAUCCUGAUUUGCUUUGUGAAUUCAACACUAAUGAUGAGAACACAAUUGGUACUAGUGAAUAUUUGGACCAAGCCAUCAUAAGCAAUUUAAGCACAUUGGAAUUCAAAUGGAAUAGUGAAUGCUUGAUUUGUACGGAGCAAUUUGAGGAGUACCAGGAAUUGCUGGAGCAUUGCAAACAGUUCCAUAAAAAUGAGUUCGAUGAGUACACAUGCACCGUCGGAGAUUGUGAUGAGUUAAUUGCGGAUGAGGAUGCGCUUGCCAGGCACUUGGUAUUGAGACACAGUGAUUUGCAAAGUAUCAAAAUAUAUGGCAGCUGUCCAUUUUGUGAUCUACGUUUUUCCAACUUUAAUGAACUUAAUAAACAUUCAUGCUAUCGUAAAAUUAAUAGAAGGGCUUGCAUACAGCCUUAUUGCCAAUAUUGUAAGGAGGAGUUUGUCUCGCAUAAAAGAUUCCUAUUUCACCUGCAAUUUCAUUUGGCUAAACGGCGAGCCAAGGUUUGCAUGAUAUGCAACACCGAAUUUUCCGAUGUGGAAAACUUUUUCCUACAUGUAAAUUAUCAGCACGAAUCACUGGAUAAGUUGGCAUGCAAAAUCUGUGAUCGCGUUUUUGCUGAUUUGGAGACAUACAGCGCACAUGAAAACAUGCACAAAUCAAAUCCGAAAUACAAAUGUGAUGAAUGCAGCAAAGUUUAUUAUAAUAAGAAGUUAUUACUAAAACACAAGGUUAAUUUGCAUUCCGCAAUUGAGUAUAAAUGCGACUUGUGUCCGAAAAUAUUUCCAACUUUCCCUAUUUUACAAAAUCACUUGAAGUGGCAUAAUACAGAAGCUGAAGUCCACGUAUAUACUUGCACUAAUUGUGGCUUGCUUGCAGGUGAUUGUGGCAAACUACAGAAACAUACCGCAGAUUGCUCCUCAGACUGCUUCGAAUGCGAAAUUGAAGAUGAAAUAUUGACAGCGGCUUACAGCUGUCAUUACUGCGCGCAAGAUUUCAAGGAUAAAUUUUCGCUCAGCAAGCAUCGUGCUACGGGCAUACAUAAAAGUGAGAAAUUCAUCUGUCCCAUUUGCAAUGAAGAGCUUGACAGUGUAAAAGCAAAGCGCUUGCAUAUGUAUACGCAUAAAAAUUACAAAAAUUUCCUAGAAAAUCUACCACUUAAGCGCCUUCUAAUGUGUGAUGUGGGCGAAUGCGAAGAGUGCUAUAGUGACUGGGCUGCCUUGCAGCGGCACAAAACGCGCAUACACAAAUCAAAUACAUGCACAAAAUGCAACCAAAAGUUAGCUGAUGCAGCGGAACUGCAAAAACAUAUGAAGCAAUGCCAAGCGACUGCAUUAACAUGUCAGUUUUGUGAUAAAAUAUGCCCAACAAAAAUGUCCCUAGCUGUACAUGUAGCUAGAAGACAUAAUAAUAAAAAUGUUGUCUGUCCACACUGUUCCGUCGGCUAUAAAGAUGAGCAAACCCUACAACAACACAUAGAAUAUUCACACGUGCCUGCGCCUUGUACGAAUUGCGAAAAAGUGAUCAAUUGCAAACGGAAUUUGGAGAUUCAUAUGCGUGUGGUGCAUGACACAGAAACCAGAUAUUUCUGUACGCACUGCAAUAAAGGAUUUUAUCAUCGUUCGCAGAGAGAUCUGCAUGAAGAGAGUGUGCAUCCAGACUCGAUCUACAAAUGCGGUCAAUGUAAUUUCAAAACGAAAUAUGCCAAGUCUUUGGAAAUACACAUAGCGAAGCAUUUGAAAAAGCUGGAGUUUAAGUGUCCGCACUGUGAUAAAUCAUUUGGUCGCAAAAACACGCUCACUUUACACAUCAAGCGACAUAAAAAUGACAAGCCUUUUAGAUGCUUCGAUACCAUUGUUGAUGGCUGUGACGCAGCUUUCAUCACACGUCCGCUGUUAAAUAAUCACAUUAAAAGCAAACAUUCCGUGCAUCAGGUUAAGCCGAAGAGCGCGAGCGAACAAAAGCGGCGACUUGGAACGCAAAGAAAGUCGUGUAUAAAGGAAAUUGUUACGCAGGAGGCACCCUUUGAAAAUACGGCAAUGCUCGAAAUCAACUCAAGUGGUACAAUGUUGACUGCAGAUAGCAGCUUUGCCGAUGUUGCGGGUUUGUCACACGCAGUUGAUGAGAAUUACAUGUUGCUCGUGGUGAAUGAUGAGCAACUGUUGGCACUGGACGGCACAGAUAUUUCAGCAAGUUAAAGAUUUUCCAUGUUUGGCUGAGGAUAUGAAUAACAAACUUCCCCACAGUACAUUUAUAUUCUAAAAUUGUUUUGUUUUUGUUGCAAUUUUAAAUUGUUUUAAUAAACAACUAGUUUGCAUUUAUAUGAUUACAAGCAACGUCUAUGCUGGUUUUUAUUACUUGCAAGCGCACUGCAGCUGAAUUUAUAAAUAUCUCCGGUCCAUAUACCUCGCGCCACGGCGCAUUUAUGUAUUUCUUAAUUGUUCGUAAGUUAUACAAUAUGCACUUUUUUUUAUUUGUUUUAUAUCUGAUUUAAAACCACUACAACAACAAACUACACUUGUAUAUAAAUAUUUAUAUUAUGUAUAUGUAUAUUGUACGUACAUAUGCCUUUGUGCCGUUGUAUAAUGAAUUUGUAUAGAUAUUGCAUUUAUAAUUUGUUAAAACACACACAAACACUACAACUAACUGUACUCAGCCUACAAAUAAUUAAUGUAGCGCAAUCACGUAAAUUUGACUGCACUUUUACAUGGUAUUAAGUGUGAAUGUAAUUAACAGAGCGUUUGCAAGAAAAAUUGGCGUAUUCCCGUUUAGAAUGUUAUGUUCGUAGCUGCUAUGUAUGUAAAUAUACAUAAGAAAUAAAAUUGUCAACGUUAA